AUGGAUUCUGCUGCCAUGUCCACACAUCACCUGCUCGAUCUGACUGCUGUGGUGACCAAGCACAUGCAUGCCUCACCGCCGCACGGAAGCUUCAACGCGCUGUUGAGGGCAGACUUGCGGCAGACCCCCGGGGAGCUCCAGGGCAAGCCGUUCCAGUCCUACGUCAUGCUGAGCGCUUCCGUUGAAGCGCCGUGCCCGUCAUUUGUAACGCGCCGUCUGCGGCUUCUUCGUGCCCUUCACAGCCUUUGGAAGGCCAAGACUGGUGGCGAUGAUUUCUUCAGCUCCGAAGACGCUGCGGCCGCAGAGGAGGAUCCUGACCAGGAUGCCGGAGCCACAUCACCCAAAGGAAGGUGGAAGCGUCCGGAGAUCAUGGACCGUCUGCUGGAGCUGGCAGACUGCCUGGAGCGAACCUUGGGCGAAGCCCAAGGCCAGCUGUUCCUUCUCUCUGCUCCAGAUCUUCUAGAGGAUCUGUGCGCCUAUGUCUUCCUAACCUUUGCGUGGCCAAAGAUAUGCUACAUGCAGGAUAUUACUCAGCAGCAUGAGCUGAAGGAGCGUGUGCUCCAUGAGAGGGAAAAGAAUGACAUUUCGGAGUGGUCCCAUGUGUUACGAAGGGUGCUGCCAUUUUUGCUGCGCACCCUCGAAAAGGUUCAGACCGUCGACGCACUGACUUUGGGAAGUGCAGGCUAUGCAUUGGCCCAGCUAUUUCUUCAGGAGAGCGACUCCCGCAGUGCCCAGAAGGAGCUGGGCUGUGCAAUAAUCCGGUUGGAGCGUGAGCUCGGGAAGGUGGCCACAGCUGGUCCACAAGCAAGGUUAGAUGUGCAGACGGCUGGGGCAGUGUCCUUCGAUCCGCCGUCCCUGCGCCCACCGGGCUUCGCGCUGUUCAGCAAGGCCCUCGCGAGCGCAGUGGAACAAGGAGCGCUGGUGCUGUGGUUGUGGAAUGUUGUGGAUGUUGUAGCAUCUUUGGUGGAGUCUUAUCCAGGAGCCCAAGAUGCCGAAGCCAGAGAGGCCAAAGACGCCUGGCAGCCCGGCGAGCCGGAGGAGCUAAGUCCCCGUGGCACUGUGAUAGAUGCUGAUGACGCCACCAUGAUUCUGAAGGGGCUGCCACGCUUGCAGCAGGAUCGACUUUGUUUGCUGGGUCGCCUGUAUGAUCGCUGGAUUGAGUGCUCGCUGGUGGUCCACUUGCGCAGUCCGGAUGCGCCGGUUCGCAGGAAGUUGCGUCCAAACGAGGUGCGUGAUGAGGAGCCCAUACAGGUGGCAGGAGAAACCAGCUCCACGCUAGCCAUGAGCUCUCAGGAGGCCAGUGUCCUGGGUCGACUUGGUGAGAAUCCCUAUCUCAGAUGCCUCUUCUUUGUUUCCGUUGCAACACGAAGGCCUGAAGUGGCAAGCGCAGCUCUGGGCAAGGCUGUGAUGGAAGCAGACUUGGCGGCUUCCCAGGAGAGAAAUCUUUGGGCUCAGCAGGAGCAAGAGCUUCUACGGCAGCAACUGGGCGUCCGAAAUAACGAGCAAUUCUGCAAGGAGUUUCGGAGGGCGGGGCGAAUGCAACGCAAGCCGCGCGCGCAUCUCCCAGUCGUGGUGGCUCGAAUGCCAGGCUGCGUUCAGCUACGGCUUCCGCCUUUAAUGGGAGGGCUGCCACCGCCUCUUGUGCCCAUUUCGCACGACCUCAACCCGCCACCGCAGGAGUACAGAGAAGCCAUCCAUUCCAAGCGGCUGGGGAUGCACUCGCCAUCGCAGAUCUCCAUGACCUGCACAAUAUUUGGAAAGUCGGCGGGUGUGGGGACAGCCGUGUCAGAGAUGCACAAAGACCUUCAUGGGACAGGCUUCCGUCAUCCUGGCCUUGAGAUGGUGGAGGUCACGGGCCUGAAGCCGAACACCAACUAUUGCUUCGCAACCAUGUGCCCCACAAUCGACGAGGCAACCCGAGCCGCAUUGUCAUCAGUCAGUGCAACAAGUCCGCCCAUUGGGUCCUACUACCCACUGUCGAUUGCAAUGCUAAGAAUCAAAAUCUGCAAGGCCGCGUUGGCUGCAGGCGACAUGGGCGCACAAGCUUGGAAGAAAGCCUGGAUACCUCUCUUCGACUCCUUUUGUGAGCGAUGUGCUCCGGAUGAGGAGUUAGACUCAUAUGGCCUCCGUGCAUUCAAGCUACGCCUUGAUGUGGUUGAUCGCUUUCCACCGGCGAUCUUGGCUGCAUUUUCGGAAGUGGUGGUGCGCCCAGUCAUUUGGAAUGGUGACAAUUUAUUGCGCAGGGACUCUUAA